GAUUCACGGUAUGAAUAUACAAGUAAAGGGAAUGAUCUGGUUGCCAUACAAUUCCUGCUGAAGCUUCCUUGGACGCACUGCAUGCUGUUUAAGAAGCCUAGCUCUCUAGUAAAGUCUAAGUGUUUAUCUGUGGGAAUAUGGACAAAGCUUGGUUUACAAGAUGGGAGUGGUUUUAAUAUUUUUAAUCGGGCUCUUUCUGACGAUUUUGAACAAGUGCGAGCUGUUGCUGUUAUCUCUAUGCCCCUCAAAGUUCUUUUCUCUGGUCUUGAUGCCCUUCUUCAUAUAUUUCCAAGACUGGAGGAUUUGUUGAAAGAAAAGCAAUUGAUGGUUAAGAAGGCCAUUCCUCAGUCCCUUGGCUUCUUAUCUUGUCUUUAUGGGUCAAGUACAACCCGCUCAGAGAAAACUGCAUGCCAUUUAUUCCUACAUGAAGAUUUGAAGAAAGAUGAGACUCUGAAUUGUCUACUUCAAGGGUUCCAAUGUUCAAAGUGUGAUAAAUUUAUCGAAAGCAAAGAUGAGAAGCAUUUCAUAAUCAUAGAGCCUCCAGAGAUGGUGAAAUUGGAAAUGGACCAUCAUCGUGAUUACUUUAACCUUCAAUUAUAUUUUAAUCUUCUCAAUGACGAGUCUUCUGAAGAGACUCAGCUAGCCUGCGUAGAAGUAAUAAGGAGAAUUCUUGGCCACACCCCCCCAGAUAUUCUGGUCAGAACAAGGUCUCAAUGGAUAAGAUGCCUUAAAGAUCUGCUACUUCAUGCAAAUACAGAUGUAAGGGAAGCAUUCUGUGCUCAGAUUGGUAUCUUUGUACAGCAUCCUAUUUUGGGCGGUUUGUUUCAUGGUGAAGAUGCUAUGGAAAAAAGUUGCGAACAAAAGUUUUUUAGUUUGAUUGAGCGUUCUCUAGCAACAGCGAAGGAUCCUCUUGUCAUCCAGACUCUACUGGAAACGACAGCUGAAGUUAUGGUAGCUGUUGAUGUUACUAGUGAGCUUUUCUUGUUUUGUCUUUUCCUGCUGAUUGAUCAGCUUGAUCAUCCCAACUUGAUCAUCCGAAUAAAUGCUUCAAGGUUAAUAAAUCGGUCAUCCUACGUCCAUGUGAAAGGGGGAUUUGCAACCCUACUUUCCAGAGUUGCUCAUAUUCAAAAUGAGUUGUUUGAUAAUCUAUCUGCCAGGCUGACCAGCCGUUCAGAUGUGGUAAAAGAAUUCGCAGAGGCUGUUUUAGGUGUUGAAACUGAAGAACUUGUGAGGAAAAUGGUCCCUGUUGUUCUUCCUAAGCUCUUGGUAUACUGGCAGGAAAAUGCUGAAGCAGCCAAUACCUUGAACGAACUGGCAAGGUUAUUAGACACAGAUGUGGUACCGCUAAUAGUUAUUUGGUUACCCAGAGUUCUUGCAUUUGCUCUGAACCAAAAAGAGGACAAGAAUCUGCUCUCAGUUUUGCAAUUGUAUCACUCACGGAUUGGUUCUGACAACCAAGAAAUUUUUGCUGCUGCGUUGCCUGCACUCUUAGAUGAGCUUGUAUGCUUUGUGGACAUUGCUGAUAUACCUGAGACAGAUAGACGGGAUAUACUCGCAUAGCUUCGUACUUUUGAGCAGAAAUUGCUAGUUGGAAGUAGCAUGAAAGUUUCUUAAAUUUACAUGUCAACAGAAAUGGCUAGAGGCUACAGAGACUGCCUGAGGCAAUAAAGAAGAUCUCAAAAGUUUUAGCAAAUACGGAAGAUCUUCCUGGAUUCUUACAAAAUCAUUUUGUUGGACUCCUUAACAGUAUUGACAGAAAAAUGCUCCAUGCAGAUGACAUUUUUCUUCAGAAACAAGCGCUGAAGCGUAUUAAGCUGCUCAUUGAGAUGAUGGGCCAUUAUCUCAGCACAUAUGUGCCUAAGCUUAUGGUUCUCCUUAUGCAUGCCAUUGACAAAGAUGCACUUCAGAGCGAGGGUCUCUUGGUCUUGCAUUUUUUUACAAGAAAGUUGGCUGCUGUAUCGCCAUCUAGCAUAAAGUAUGUGAUUUCUCAGGUAUUUGCUGCACUCAUCCCCUUCUUGGAGAGAGAGAAGGAAGGUCCUCAUGUUUAUUUGGAGGAAGUGGUAAAAAUUCUUGAAGAACUUGUUUUGAAGAAUAGAGAUAUACUAAAGCAGCACAUUUGUGAGUUUCCCCUCUUACCUAGCAUACCGUCUUUAGGAGAAUUGAACAAUGCUAUACAAGAAGCACGUGGAUUAAUGAGCCUGAAGGAUCAGUUGCGGGAUAUUGUAAAUGGUAUGAAACAUGAGAACCUGAAUGUUAGAUACAUGGUGGCAUGUGAGCUAAGCAAAUUGCUGUAUCACAGAAAUGAAGAUGUUGCUGCACUAAUUGCUGGUGAACUUGUCUCAGACAUGGAAAUCGUGAACUCUUUAAUCACAUCUUUACUACAGGGAUGUGCAGAAGAAUCUCGAACUACAGUGGGUCAGAGGUUUAAGUUAGUCUGUGCAGAUUGUCUUGGAGCAAUAGGUGCUAUUGACCCUGCCAAAGUGAGAGUUGCUUCAUGCAGUCGUUUUAAAAUCCAAUGCUCAGAUGAUGAUCUUAUCUUUGAGCUCAUUCAUAAACACUUGGCAAGAGCUUUUAGAGCUGCACAGGAUACAAUCAUACAAGACUCAGCUGCUCUUGCCAUACAGGAAUUACUAAAGAUUGCUGGUUGUGAGCCAUCAUUAGCUGGGAAUGUUGUUCUGUUUACCCCCCAGGAGUGUGUACAAGUCAAUGUAUCUGGUUCUAGAAGAUGUGGAAGUAACAGUGAAGUGAAGGAUAGGGGGAAAAAACUAUGGGAUCGCUUCUCAAACUAUGUUAAAGAACUAAUAGCUCCCUGCUUGACUUCAAGGUUUCAGCUUCCAAAUGUGUCUGACCCUGGAUCAGCUGGACCAAUUUAUCAGCCUUCUAUGUCAUUCAGAAGGUGGCUGUCCUACUGGAUAAGGAAAUUGACAGCACAUGCAACUGGAUCCCGUGUAAGCAUAUUUGCUGCUUGCCGUGGCAUAGUGCGUCACGAUAUGCAGACAGCUACGUAUCUCUUACCAUACUUAGUUCUGAAUGUUGUUUGCCAUGGGACUGAGGCAGCACGGCUUAGCAUUUCAGAAGAGAUCCUUUCUGUUCUUGAUGCUGCUGCAUCAGAAAAUAGUGGAGUGACAAUAAACAGCUUUGGUGUUGGUCAGAGUGAAGUUUGUGUUCAAGCUGUUUUCACGCUUCUUGAUAACCUUGGGCAAUGGGUUGACGACGUGAAGCAGGGAGUAGCACUCUCAUCUUCUAUGCAGAUAUCAGGUGGUAGGCAAGUAGCACCCAAAUUGAAAGACCAGGUUUCAACCUUAACAACAGAACAGGAUCAUCUUCUUGUACAAUGUAAAUAUGUGUUGGAGCUUUUGCUUGCUAUUCCCAAGGUGACCCUUGCUCGGGCUUCUUUCAGGUGCCAAGCUUAUGCCAGGUCACUGAUGUACCUCGAAUCCCAUGUACGUGAAAAGUCAGGCUCCUUAAAUCCCGCAGCAGAGAAGACAGGCAUCUUUGAAAAUGCUGAUGUCUCUUCUCUGAUGGGAAUAUACAGCUGCCUUGACGAGCCUGAUGGUCUUUCGGGCUUUGCAAGUUUAAGCAAAUCGUUAAGUUUGCAAGACCAAUUGUUGAUAAAUAAGAAAUCUGGUAAUUGGGCAGAAGUUUUCACUGCAUGUGAACAAGCCCUUCAGAUGGAACCAACAUCAGUUCAAAGACAUUCUGAUGUUCUUAAUUGCUUGCUUAACAUGUGCCACCAUCAGACAAUGGUCACUCAUGUUGACGGACUAAUUUCCAGAGUACCUGAGUACAAGAAAACGUGGUGCACACAAGGUGUACAAGCUGCAUGGAGACUUGGAAAGUGGGAAUUGAUGGAUGAGUAUCUUGGUGGAGCUGAUGCAGAAGGUUUACUAUUCAGUAGCUCAGACAGUAAUGCCUCCUUCGACAGAGAUGUAGCAAAGAUUCUCCAAGCAAUGAUGAAGAAAGAUCAAUACUCUGUAGCUGAGAGAAUAGCAAUUUCCAAACAAGCUCUCAUUGCUCCUCUAGCUGCUGCAGGCAUGGACUCCUAUACACGAGCAUAUCCUUUUGUUGUCAAACUUCACUUGCUAAGGGAGCUAGAGGACUUCCAGGCGGUUCUUAAUGGGGAUUCAUAUCUGGAAAAAUCAUUUAGUACAAUUGAUUCGGUGUUUUCGAAAGUAGUAGAUAACUGGGAGAACCGGCUCAGAUUUACUCAAUCAUCGUUGUGGACAAGGGAACCUCUCUUAGCUUUCCGAAGACUCGUCUUUGGUGCCUCUGGGCUUGGUUCUCAAGUUGGGAACUGUUGGCUUCAAUAUGCAAAGCUUUGCCGUUUAGCUGGACACUAUGAGACAGCUCACAGGGCAAUUUUGGAAGCUCAAGCUUCUGGUGCACCUAAUGUUCACAUGGAAAAGGCGAAACUUCUUUGGAUCACUAGGCGCUCUGACAGUGCCAUUAUAGAGCUACAACAAUCUCUCCUGAAUAUUUUGACUGAUCAUUUCAUUAAACUGUGCUUCCAUGGAGGACAACCAAGAUCCAAGGUUAUCAAUAUAGCGACUGAAUUCAGUGCCUUGAAAAGAAUGAUGCCGCUGGAUAUCAUCAUGCCAAUUCAACAAUCUCUUACCAUUAGCCUACCAGCAUUCGAUAUGAACAGCAAUGAACGACACUCUGCCAGUGUAUUUUCUGAUUCAGAUCUACCAACUAUUUCUGGUAUAGCUGAUGAAGCUGAGAUACUUUCAUCCCUUCAGCGCCCAAAGAAGUAUGGGCAUUCUACCAUAGCAUAA